GGACAUCAUGUAAGUCGGAGGGUGAGAAGCGUAUGAGAGACGAACGUGCGAUAGCCACGAUGGCGGGGUCGGAUGGCUCUGCGAUGCCACUUUUUUCGAUACUCUGAUCUGUAUAAGAACGCGCCGUCAUCGACUUUACGCCUUGUAUCUGAGAGUGAAGCAGAAAUUGUUGUCUGUUUCGCCGCCCAAAAGUUCAAGACAAAAUGACAUACAAAUUGCUCAGUCUCGCGGCUGCGAUCACAACUGCUGGACGGGUUGCCGCCAUCAGCAAUGGACUGGCCAAUACACCUCCGAUGGGCUGGAACAACUGGAAUGCCUUUGCAUGCGACGUCUCCGAGGACCUCCUCCUGGGCACAUCUGAACGCGUAGUCAGCCUGGGUCUCCGCGAUCUGGGCUACAAUCACGUAGUCUUGGAUGACUGCUGGCAAGAUGAGAAUGGUCGUGAUGCCAAGGGAAAGCUUCAGCCGAAUCUCGUAAAGUUUCCCAACGGACUGAAUUACGUCUCGGAUCAUCUUCACAGCCAGGGACUCAAGUAUGGCAUGUACUCUAGUGCCGGUGAGAUGACUUGUGCCAGGUUUGCCGGCUCUCUCGACCACGAACACGAUGAUGCUCAAAGCUUCGCGUCAUGGGGCGUCGACUUUCUCAAAUACGACAACUGCUACCACAUGGGCCGCAUGGGCACACCGCAAAUCUCCUUCAACCGCUUCAAAGUCAUGGCCGACGCCCUCAACGCGACAGGCCGGCCCAUCGCCCUGAGCCUCUGCAACUGGGGCGAAGACUACGUCCACACGUGGGGCAUGUCCAUUUCCAACGCAUGGCGCAUGUCAGGCGACAUCUACGACGCCUUCACCCGCCCCGACGACCUCUGCAGUUGCAACCAGGCCGCGGACCCCUUCUGCAUCGCCCCGGGCACCCACUGCUCCGUCCUCUUCAUCAUCAACCGCGUCGCCACCUUCGCCGACCGCGGCAUCCCCGGCGGCUGGAACGAUCUCGACAUGCUCGAGGUCGGCCAGGGUGGCAUGACGGACGAGGAGUACAAGGCGCACUUUGCCCUCUGGGCCGCCCUCAAGUCGCCGCUAAUGCUCGGCAACGAUUUGCGGGAUAUGCCCGCCGAGGCGCUGAGUAUCGUAAACAAUCCGGCCAUCAUCGCCAUCAGCCAGGAUCCCCACGGCCGCAGCGCGUUGAGGGUGAGGAGGGAUGUUGGAGGGGAUCUGGUACCCGAUGAGUUUGGAGUCGCGGAGGCGCAAGUUUGGAGUGGACGGUUGGAGAACGGGGAUCAGGUCGUUAUCUUGCUCAACGCCGCCGGCGCGGAGAUUGAGAUGAAAUCAUCGCUCGCGGAGAUCUUUGUGGCGGAUGGACCUGGUGGCUCGGCGCCGCAGGUCAAGUCCAAAUGGGCGGUUCAUGAUCUUUGGGCCGAUAGGAUGUCCACGGAGAUGGCGGAGUCGUUGUUCACGGCCGAGGGUCACGAUGCGCGGGUCAAGAUUCUACAGGAUGCGAACUGGUAUAAUGCCACCGAGACUCCGUACGCCCUCGGUCUGGAGAGGGAGGACCCGAGGCUAUUUGGCAAAAAAAUUGGCGAGGUCGAGGCCAGAGAUGUGUUGAAGGCUUUGGUGCCCAGUCACGCGGCCAAGGUGCUCCGUUUGAGGAGAAUUGCACAAGCUGGAGAUGGCUUCAAGGCCAAGAGCCAUGACCGGACACAGAGGGCUGUGAAAGACGAACUAUGAGAGGCUAGGAACUCUCGAUGUAGAAGUUGGGAAACGUUUGGAUGCUUGGAAAUGCCGGCGGUGUAGAAAAUCCGCCAUCAUGAUUAUGAUGGAACAUGAAUAAGAUAUAAUACGCAUUUGAAUACUAUGGAGGAUGAUAGAGUACGUUUAUGAACUUGAAAGACUUCAACAUUGGAAAUAAAAAAAGACAGACUAUAUGGC